UAUUUGAUUUAUUAUUCAUAUACAUUCAUGUACUUGAUUUUUUUUUCUUGUCAUUUAUUGAUUGAAUAUUGUACCUGGUGAAUGAUUUAUCGCCAUAUCCAUGAUGAUGUUGUACUCGUAAAUUUGUUUGUUUGUUUUGUUUAUAUUUGAAUGAAUUGAUGAUAACACAUUAAAAAAUUGUUUUGUUUUUAUGAAAUUUUCAAAUUCAUUGUAUUUUUUGUUAUUGUUUUUUUUAAUUGAAACUUUUUUUUCUUAAAAAACAUGUCUAAAUCAUCAUUGCGUCGUUUAUUUUUACCACAUAAAGUUCAGCUACCACCUCGUACAGAUGGUUGGUAUGGUCGUGCAUCAUUGGCCAAAGGUGAACAACCACCGUUAGAUGAUACGACCAUUAAUCCAUUUCGUAUCAAUAUUUCGGAUGAAGAAUUGGAUGAUCUGAAAAAGAGAUUAAAAUCACCUCGAUAUUUCGAAGCAAUCGAAGGAACAAAUUUUCGUUAUGGUUUUAGUGCCGAAACAUUAACACAGGUUGUUGAUUAUUGGUUAAAUAAAUAUGAUUGGCGUCGUUGGGAACAAGAGCUUAAUAAAUAUGAUCAAUUUAAAACACAAAUCGAAGGAUUGGAUGUUCAUUACGUACAUAUUCGGCCAAAAAAUCCCGAUGGAGUUGUCAUUCCUUUAUUAGCCAUACAUGGAUGGCCGGGUUCAUUUUUUGAAUAUUAUAAAACGAUUCCAAUACUUACUGAUUCAUCAUUAGAAGGUUUAUCAUUUGAAGUUGUCAUACCAUCUAUACCUGGUUAUGGUUUUUCCGAAGCACCGCAUAAAGAAGGAUUUAGUUUCAUAUCGGCUGCACGUGUAUUUGUAAAACUAAUGAAACGACUUGGAUUGAAUCGUUUUCUUGUUCAUGGUGGUGAUUGGGGAUCAAUGAUCAGUAAAACUAUUGCAUUAAUGUAUCCAGAAAAUGUUCGUGGUAUACAUACAACAUUCUAUACAAGUUCACAACCACAAGGUGCUGAUAAUUUAAAAUAUUUAAUGGCAAAAUAUUUACCCAUCAUUAUGUUUAAUAAUCGUGAAUCACAACGAACAAUGUUUAAUGAUUUAUUACAUUAUAAAUCAAAAUGGUUUUAUGAAUCUGGAUAUUUUCAUCUACAAUCAACAAAACCUGAAACAAUCGGACCUGCAUUAACUGAUAGUCCAGUUGGAUUAGCUGCAUAUCUUUUGGAAAAAUUUUCUGCUUGGACCGAUCCAACAAAUGUUUUUAAACCAGAUGGUGGCCUAACUGAAAAAUUUACCAUGGAUGAACUGUUGACCAAUGUAAUGAUAUAUUGGUUCUCCAAGAACAUUACUUCAAGUAUGCGUUUCUACAAAGAAAAUGGCUGUCCAAUCAUUGGUGUAUACAAUAAAUAUCGUAUUGGUGCAGCAAAAGUUUCACCAACAGUUCCGGCUGGUUAUGCUGUUUUUCCUAAAGAAAUGGUUCGUGUACCUGAAUUCAUUGUUCGUAUGGCAUUCGAAAAUCUUGUUCAUUAUACGGAAUUACCAAGUGGUGGACAUUUUGGUGCAUUUGAAGAACCAAAAUUAUUGGCCGAAGAUUUAAGGAAAUUUGCUUUCACUGUAGUUACAAAAGGCUGAUUUUUGUCGUUUUAUUUUGCAAUAAAAAAAGUUUUUUAUAUUUUAAA